GGGGGCGCGCGCGCACCUGGCGGCCGCCGGCGGAAGCCGCCGCCGCCUCCGCCUCGCGCCGCGGGCGGGCUCGCUCCUCGCGCGCGGCCGCAGCCUCCCUGUCGGGCAGCGCGGGGCGCCGCCGCACGAGGUAUUAAAAUUUCAAGCAAACUGAUCUACUUGAAAAGCGUCAUUCACAGAAAGUUUUGUGCUGUGAUUUUUUUUUUAAACUAGAAUGGCUUUGAAAAUAAUACCUAAACUAUUCAAGAAAAUAUUUUUUCACUGGAAACUUUGGAAAUUUAGCGUUAUUGUGUUUGUCUUUCUGGUAUUUUUACUUUUAUUACAAAGAGAAGUAGGUGUUCAAGAUUUUAAAGAUGAAGCAGGGAUUGAACCAGCUGUUAGAAAAAAAAGUCAUGUACUGGGACUUGUGUUAAAUGCUAUGAACAAUAUCAAAGGUGCAAAGCCAAAAAUGCAGAUAAAAGCACCCAUUAAGCAAACUAAGAUUCCUGGAGAGAAGCACUGUUUGCCAGGACACUAUACUGCAGUGGAACUGAAACCCUUUCUUGAUCGACCUCUGCAAGAUCCUAAUGCUCCUGGAGCUUCUGGUAAAGCAUUUAAAACCAUCAACUUAAAUUCAGAAGAACAGAAGGAAAAGCAGCGUGGUGAAGAAAAACACUGUUUUAAUGCAUUUGCAAGUGAAAGGAUUUCUUUACACCGAGAUCUUGGACCAGACACUCGACCUCCUGAAUGUAUUGAACAAAAAUUUAAGCGUUGCCCACCGUUGCCAACAACAAGUAUCAUAAUAGUUUUUCAUAAUGAAGCAUGGUCCACUCUGCUCAGAACGGUUCACAGCGUGAUGUAUACAUCUCCUGCCAUACUGCUAAAGGAGAUUAUUUUGGUGGAUGAUGCCAGUGUAGACGAAUAUUUGCAUGAUAAACUAGAUGAAUAUGUGAAACAAUUUCAAAUAGUUAAAGUAGUCCGUCAAAAGGAAAGAAAAGGUCUAAUCACUGCACGGUUGUUGGGAGCUUCAGUAGCAACAGGAGAGACCCUUACCUUUCUGGAUGCUCAUUGUGAAUGCUUUUAUGGCUGGUUAGAGCCAUUAUUGGCAAGAAUAGCUGAGAACCCUGUCGCUGUUGUAAGCCCUGAUAUUGCUUCUAUAGAUCUUAAUACUUUUGAAUUCAGUAAACCAUCUCCUUAUGGGCAUAACCACAACAGAGGAAAUUUUGAUUGGAGUUUGUCAUUUGGAUGGGAAUCUCUUCCAAAACAUGAAAAUAAAAGAAGAAAAGAUGAAACUUAUCCAAUUCGAACGCCUACUUUUGCUGGAGGUCUCUUUUCAAUAUCAAAAGACUACUUCGAACACAUUGGAAGCUAUGAUGAAGAAAUGGAAAUAUGGGGAGGUGAAAAUAUAGAAAUGUCUUUCAGAGUAUGGCAAUGUGGUGGACAGUUGGAGAUCAUGCCUUGCUCUGUUGUUGGCCAUGUCUUUCGCAGCAAGAGUCCCCAUACUUUCCCAAAAGGUACUCAAGUAAUCACACGUAAUCAAGUCCGCCUUGCAGAAGUCUGGAUGGAUGAAUAUAAAGAAAUAUUUUACCGAAGAAACACAGAGGCAGCAAGAAUUGUGAAACAAAAAACAUUUGGAGACAUCUCAAAAAGACUUGAUUUAAGGCAGCAUCUGCAAUGUAAAAAUUUUACUUGGUAUCUCAAUAAUGUUUAUCCCGAAGCAUAUGUGCCAGACCUGAAUCCUUUGUUUUCUGGAUAUUUAAAAAACAUAGGUAACCACAUGUGUCUGGAUGUUGGUGAAAAUAACCAUGGUGGCAAACCAUUGAUUAUGUAUUCUUGUCAUGGGCUUGGAGGAAAUCAGCAGGACUCGCACAGUCAAGGAAGAAGUUGGUGGGAAUCCAGCCAAUGUGACCAAGUGGCCAGGCCAGAGCCACCUUCCCUAUCGUGCUUGCAGCCUCAUAAUUACUUUGAAUAUUCUGCACACCAUGAAAUUCGACAUAACAUUCAGAAGGAGCUUUGUCUGCAUGCAUCUAAAGGACCUGUGCAGCUUCAUGAGUGUAACUACAAAGGCAAGAAAACUUUUGCUGUUGGAGAAGAGCAAUGGCUGCAUCAAAAGGAUCAAACUUUGUACAACGCAGCACUACAUCUGUGCCUUACAGGAAAUGGAAAGCAUCCGAGCUUGGCAUCCUGUAAUCCAUCAGACCCCUUCCAAAAGUGGAUCUUUGGCCAGAACAAUUAAUAUUUGAUAUUUAUAAGCCAGGAGCAUUUUAUUAAAACAAAAGAUCCUUACUAAACUGUGAUCAUAUAUGUAUACUGCAUUUUUAAGUGAUGCAUACUUUAAAUACAAAAUGUUUCUUUUUCCUCUUACAUAAGUUGGACAUAAAAUAUGUCAUCAGAGUUUCCCUACAAGUCUUAUACCAAAGAUGACUGAGGUUCCAAUUAAGAAAAAUGUUUACAAUGUUUCUAUGAUAAGACUUUAUAUAUUGACCACUGAUUCAAGGACCUAAUUGUCCUCUUUCACCUUGGGGACCAUAUCUAUAUUGUUUUUCCACAUACUGUAAGUACUUCUGAGGAAGACUGAUUUUUCUCUUUAGAGUUAAGAGAAAUUAUUGUACACUGUCUAAAAACCAAACCUUUAUUUGUAUAUCUUUAUGCUCAAUUGGUUGACUUAAGUUUGUAUUUUUUAAUCAUUUACUUUACUCAGUGAACUUUUCUCAGUAUUUUUUUUAAGUUCCUUCACUUGAAAAAUUAAAUAUUUUGUCUUCAGGUUAAAGCCAAUUAGGCAACCACACUGCGCGCAGCUUUUAGCAAGUAAUUCUUUGGUAAAAGAAAAAAAUAAUUCUCACUGAAAUAUAUGUGUGACUAUUUUAAUGGAAAACCUGAUUAUUCUGGUGAUUAAUAUCAUUUUAUUUAGCCAAAACGUUUUGUAUAAGUUUUUCUAUUUCAUGAACAUAAAAAUUUUUGACAGAUUUAUAUUGUAACAGAGGUCUGAGCUUCUUAACAUUAACAUAUUUUUCAGCAUUUUGUUCCUAAUUGCUUUAAAAUUAGAUAUUAUCUAAUAAACCCACCUUUUUUUCUA